UCUCGCGAGAGAUUCGGAUCCCGGAAGUUUGGGUUUUGUCAGGUGAUCGCCACAGUUAUGUCAAAAUAAUCGGACAUUCGUCGAGGAGGAAGAGGCGGCGGCUCGAGCGGGUUCCUGGAAGCUUCGGCCGGCAUGCAGAACGUGAUCAACACGGUGAAGGGCACCGCGCUCGGCGUGGCCGAGUUCCUCACGCCGGUGCUGAAGGAAUCGAAGUUCAAAGAGACGGGGGUGAUCACUCCAGAGGAGUUUGUAGCAGCAGGAGAUCACCUGGUUCACCACUGUCCCACCUGGAAAUGGGCCAGCGGGGAGGAAGCGAAGGUGAAGCCAUUCCUGCCGCCGGACAAACAGUUCCUGUUGACUCGCAAUGUCCCCUGCUACAAGCGCUGUAAACAGAUGGAGUACUCUGACGAGCUGGAGGCCAUCAUAGAGGAGGACGACGGCGACGGCGGAUGGGUGGACACUUACCAUAACUCAGGUCUGUUAGGAGUCACUGACGCUGUUCAGGAGAUUUCUUUGGACAACAAUAAGGACAAGAACAUGAACGCCACAUCCACGCCGUGCUGCGACGACGAUGACGAGGACGACGAGGGCGAGGCGGCAGACAUGGAAGAGUACGAGGAGAGCGGCCUGCUGGAGACGGACGAGGCCACCCUGGACACUCGCAGAGUCGUGGAGAGUAAAGCGAAAGCAGAUCCUGGGAGCGAGGACGCCAUCCUCCAGACCAGAACCUACGACCUGUACAUCACCUACGACAAAUACUACCAGACGCCUCGACUCUGGCUGUUCGGAUACGACGAGGACAGGCAGCCGCUCACGGUGGAGCAGAUGUACGAGGACAUCAGCCAGGACCACGUGAAGAAGACCGUCACCAUCGAGAACCACCCGCACCUCCCCCCACCUGCCAUGUGCUCCGUGCAUCCAUGCAGACACGCAGAGGUGAUGAAGAAGAUCAUCGAGACUGUGGCCGAAGGAGGCGGAGAGCUGGGAGUCCACAUGUACCUGCUGAUCUUCCUGAAGUUCGUGCAGGCCGUCAUUCCUACGAUAGAGUACGACUACACCAGACACUUCACCAUGUAGCCGAGCAGCAGCUGAGGACGCCGGCUCUCCCUCAAAGGAACGUUUAGUUGGUUUCUCUCUGCCGUCUGUGUGUUCUGUGAAGCCCGGAUGGAAUCAGCAUCCGUUUCAUCCCUCUCUGUUUCAGUGUCUGUUUUUCUGGACCUUUUGGUUUUUCUCAGUGGUGCAGGAACCAUCCGCCCUGCUCCUGCGCAGCUCUAAGGUCCGACGGUACCUGAAGCUGACCCGGGAGGCUCGGCUGCUGCUUUCUGAAUGUACGCUCCGGGUCCGUUUGUGAGGAGAACCGUCCUUCCUCUCAGUGGAACCGCCUCCAAACCCACAGCUAAAGGAGACGGACUGGGACUCUGGUCGUCCGUCGCGCCGCUUUGUCUUCUGAAGCCUCCAGUGAAUGUGUCGUUCCUGCGGGGGGCGGCAGAGAGCCCGCGAGGGUUUGAAUACUCCUGAAUAAUCGGAAGAUCACGGUUUAGUGAGGAUAUUCCACUAAAGGAGGUGUGGCGGUUGUCCUGUCCUCGCUCCACGUAAACUGCUUAACACUCAUCUGUUUCAGUGAUGCACAUUCAAGAAUAAAGUUUCCUGAAACACCAAAAAA